UUGAUUAUAAACUACCCGCAGAAAAAGAAGUCUCAAAAAAAAGAACGUGGCUAUUCAGUCGAGUAUGUUGCCUGUGUCCAAGGAACAGAUAUUUCUACAGUGGCUUGGAAGGACAAUAAAAUAGUCACACUUGCCUCCAGUUUUGUGGGUGAACUACCCAAGUCACAAGUAUCUAGAUACGAUAAGCCGCACAAGAGGUAUGUGACCAUUGAUAGAUCAAACGUGGUGGGAGAAUACAACCGCCACAUGGGCGGUGUCAAUCUCAUUGAUAGUAUAAUGGGUAGAUAUAAAAUAAAACUACGAAGCAAGAGAUGGCAAGUUCGAAUGUUUUACCAUUUCCUGGACCUUGCCAUAUCCAAUGCCUGGUUACUGUACAAGAGGGUUUAUAAGACCAAUAAUACGAAUGGACCACUGCUGUCAUCUGCUGACUUUCGUGAAGAGAUUGGUACGGUGCUAUGUAAGAUGGGGAUAAAAGCACACGUACAACGCCGAAGCAUUGAACCAGACAUCCAAGCUAAAAAACGCAAGGGUCCAGCUCAAUUCGUGCCUCCAGCAGCUGUGCGCCAAGACCAAGUAGGUUACUGGCCAGUAUGGGUCGAAAACAUAUCCGUUGCAAGCUCCCUAAUUGCUCUGGCAAAUCACAGACCAUUUGUGAAAAGUCUGGAGUUGCAUUAUGCAACAACAAACAAAACAAUUGUUUUAAAACGUUCCAUAUUUCAUAGUGGAACACAUUGCAGCAAUGUACCCGUAAUGGCACACUCCCUUUAUUUUUAUUUUGUGAGGUAA